AUGGCUGAAGCGUCGUCUUUCUCUGGAGGCCCUCCAAGCGGGUUUGACAUCGAGGGAGGUCGGGACGAGCAGCAGGAGCAGAUGUUGCAAGGCCCUGGCUAUCUGAAUGCUAGGGCUAAUGCUGUGCAAGCUGUGCAGAGAACUAUAGGCGAGCUCGGUCAAAUGUUCGAGAAGGUGUCGUCGAUGGUGUACGAGCAAGAUGAGAUGAUAAUGCGAAUAGACUCCGACGUGGAUGAUACUAUGGGCCAUCUGAAUGAGGGACAAAACCAGUUGUUAAAGUACUUCCAUAGUAUAUCGGGGAACCGUUCGUUGAUACUGAAGAUUUUCGCGAUACUUGUAUGUUUUGUGAUAUUUUUUGUCCUAUUCUUGGCGUAA